AUGAGCGCCUCGGGACCUCCUCCACCUAGCACUUUGAGCAGCAAAAGGAAGGCCGAUGAUGAUGAUAUCACCCGACCAGCUCGUUAUCGGAAUGUGACUGGUGAUUGGCAAGAUAAAUUCGCCACAGCGGCGCUGAAGAAACUUGCCAACGUUCGAUCCCAGAUCAACCUCUCUAAACAGAAGCAGCGUAGUCUCCCUCGCCGUAUGACCGAGUACUCUUCCAGCAUACCCGUGAAUACCCCUUCCACUUCUCACGUCGACAAUACACCUCCGGCUCUCUCACGAGAGCCAACCCCCAUGCAUAUCUCCCCACCGCCAAGCCCCAGUCUUGCUUCUCGACCAGAAACGUCGCACGCACAGCCUGACAUUAGGUCGGCUACUCCACGUCCAUCGCCCAACCUUGAAGAUAGUCGCGGCACGUCAGGCGAACUACCAUCUCAACACUCGAAGGCCGAAGGUAAAGUCGCGGAGACGCACGAGGCUUCUCAUGUUGGUGUCUCUGGACCUGAACAGCCCGCUCCGCCUUUUGAUCGUUCGGAGAGAGCUCCCGGGCCUUCCGCCAACGCUACGACCUCUCAUUCGCCGGAACCUCGUGCCGCGCCCGCUCAAGAAUCCUCCACCUCGCUACCUCCGGAUGCGGAGUCAUUCCCGUCUCGGGUAGACGACCAUGUCACACCACAAACAGCCUCCUCGUCUACAGAGACACAGCCGAUUAAUUUAGACCAAAGUGGCAUUGCCGACAUGCCCGACCCGGAAAACGAUAUGCAAUGCGACGAUGCCAACGAGACCAAUCAAGAUCAAAACAAGCAACCUUUCUCAGGAAUCGGGACGCCCCACUUUCCUCGAGCGAAACCCAAGCCCUCUCGUACAUCUAACCCUUUCGGCGACCAGUCGGCUGACCCUGCUCUGGGCCAGAGCAGAUGGAAAGGAAAGGCGCCCCUGCGUGGCGAUGGACUGUCAUCGGGCGCAGCAGGCCCUUCAAGCGUUCCACGUGACCCCCCCCGCCCGGCCCAUAGACCUGCUUCACCGAGUUCGCCUGCGAGACCUCCGCAUCCUGACAGCGAGAGGAUGGCAUCUGCUACUGCGAAUAAUCUUCCUGACGACCCAGGUCCAUCAGAUGACGUCGCAGUAUCCCUUGCAAACUUGUUUCGCGUUGUGCAGAACCAGCACACUACCGUCAUGAAUGAUCUCAAGAGUCAGGGAGACGCACUACGUCAUGAGAUUCAAGAGUCUCGAAAACCUCUUACGCAAGAAUCCACCGCUGCGGCGCAAGGUUCUUCUGCCCACAAGCAUAGGAGAAAGCAUCGAAAUGGAAAGGACGGUCAUGCUGUGGCAAGCCCCGUGUCAAAGGUGGACCCAGAGCUUGCGGAGCAUCCGUUGUAUGGGCUAUUCCUUAGAGCCAUCCGCACGCAUUUCAAGGAGCUCAUGCACGUGGAUGACAUCCGUGCCUUGGACUCAGAUCUACUCUGUUGCCGUUCCUUGACGCCUGAAGAGCUUGAUGACUUUGAGAGUCGGUCUCCAAACCGGAUACAGGUCACAGAAGAGGAGUACCGGUUUGAUUUUAAGCUCAGACGCUCGCAUCCAUUCAACUUGCAUUCCUUCUCGGUCUUCACGCAGUCAUUCCUGAGGCGCGUCGAAGCUGGAGAGUAUGCUCAUCCUGCCCCACUCCCCGAAGAGUUUCUUCAGCGUCGGCAUGUGCUCACAGCCAUUUACAAUCACGCCAAAUGGAUCAAGUCUCAAUUCUAUCGAAGGUUCAUCGAGAAGGAGACGGAGGAGGAAAAGGACGAUCGUUUGGCAGCGGGUGCGCGGAGUUCGAGAAAGUAUCGGUUGUACGAGAAGAGGCUGGACGCGGUGGAGAAACAAUUCCCCGUGCAUACGAAACUGAUGGAGACCGCCGGUGUGCAAGGAGUCAGUUCGGACGAGUCUUCGGACGAGCUCGCUACCGACGUGACGGGCCAGGCCAUGGACAAGACAUUUCGUAUAUCCCCUGCUUGGAGAAGCGCCGCAUUCCAAAAUUGGCAACGCUCACUCGAUCCUGUUGUUCGGGAUCUGAGCAGGCCUAGAGUGGGUCAUCGUCAGAAGCCAGGUGCUAACCCGCGCCAUCGCGAAGUUUCUACUCGAGUCAACCAGGCUGCCGUGGCGCCGAGCGGUCUGCCUCGCAACUGUUAUGAUGAGGCAUGGCUCCAGACGCUCCACUCUCAUGAGAUGGAGGAACUCCACAUGGAAAGAGAGGAUUAUGAUCUUGAGCCCAUCCAGUAUACUCCCACUCAGCCGUGGUAUCGAAGGGCUCGAAGGGUACCCCUGUCGCACAGGCGGCGCGGCGUCUUCGCCGAAAUCGACGUGACUCGUCCCGCGACGGCUCCCGGUCAAUGA